GCAUUGUUCUCUGUCGGGCUGGGCAGAGGCAGGAGGGUCCCGCGGAGGAUGGAGGAAAAACUCCCCACCGGCAUCAAGCCCUAUCUGGACAAGCUCACCUUGGGCGUCACAAGGAUACUGGAGACUUCCCCUGGAGUUGCUGAAGUGACUUUUGUGGAAAAGGAGCCAGCUGAACGCCACACAAUCGUCUCUUGGGAGCAAAAAAACUCCUGUGUAUUACCUGAGGAUUUAAAGAAUUUCUAUCUGAUGACUGAUGGCUUCCAGAUGACCUGGAGUGUGAAGACCGAUGAUACCCCGAUGCCCCUGGGCUCCAUGGUGAUUAACAGUGUCUCGAAGCUGUGUCGGCUUGGGGGUUCCUCUAUGUACACUCUGCCUAGUGCUCCAACUCUCGCUGACCUGGAAGAUGACACAGAUGAGGAAGGUAAUGGAGACAAACCAGAGAAGCCACACUUUGAUUCUCGUAGUCUUAUCUUUGAAUUAGACCCAUGCAAUGGGAAUGGGAAAGUCUGUCUUGUUUAUAAGCAUGCUGAGCCAGUGGUCUCCCCAGACACAGAGAUCUGGUUCCUGGACAGAGCUCUGUAUUGGCAUUUCCUGACCAAAACCUUCACAGCCUACUACCGCCUGCUCAUCACCCACCUGGGUCUCCCACAGUGGCAGUAUGCCUUCACCAGCUAUGGGGUCAGCCCCCAGGCCAAGCAAUGGUUUAACAUGUAUAAACCCAUAACCAUCAACACAGCACUCCUGUCUGAAGAAGCUGAUUCCUUUGUGAACAAGCUGGACCCCAAUAAGGUAUUUAAAAGCAAGAACAAAACUCCAGUGCUCAAGAAAAAACAGCCUUCACAGCCACCAGGCUCCCAAAAGAGUCAUACAAGCAUGACCUCUGCCAAGACAUCCUCACUAGCUGGGAAUUCUUCAAGGAAGUGAGCCCACCAGAUCUGACCCUGGACAGCAUUUACAAUAAGCUUUGAUGCUUUCUGCUGCAGAGUGUCUGUGGUUCAGACCAAGUUCCUUGUGCAUGAAUAGAUGUGCCCAUGGAAAGCACGUUGCAGUACCUGCAUGAAAUAUAGCCAUGAUGUGGAUGUAGUUCCUGGAGGCUCUUAAAAAAUGGAUACAUCAAUUUUAUUCCCUUCUGCUACCUGCAGCAUGUACUUUUCAGAGUGUACGAAGAAACCUUUGCUGUCACUGCUCCACAGAGAAGCUCUUGUUCCUGUACAACUGCAGCAGUGAAAUGAAAGCAAAUGUAACUCACUGUAACUUUAACCAGACCCAUGCUGAAGUAGAGGGUGUGAAAAUGUUUCUGCCAUGUCCUUCGAAAGAAAAUUGUCCUGACCUUGCAUGCUGUGGGAGCAGGCUGCAGCCCACUGAACACAAAAGUAUCUUUCACUCCAGAUAGAAUCAAACUCUGCACUUCCCUGUGCUUCAUCCAACUUCUGCUCUGAGAUUCAUGGUACAAUGAGACUUGUGACUUCCAUGUCUCUGCAUUAGCCUAGCCACUUGCUCUGCAGCCCAGACCUCUUUUUGGCCUUUAUGCUUGUCCUAGAUUGCAAGGCAAUAUGUGUAUUCUAUUUGCCAUCUGUUAGAGGUGUGGCUGUUAUCUUCUGUUAAUGUUGUCAUCACGUUGCGAAAGUUCCAUACUGUUGUCUCCUUAUCACAAAAGUUUCAUACCUUCUUGGUGUUUUCUCGUGGACAGCUCCUCAGAGCACUGACUGUUUCUUCCUCACAAAGUAGCCAACUGACUCCAAUUCCUCUCAACCAGCCAACCUACUCUUUUAUAGCACUCUUCUUCUUAUUGGUCAUAGCUGUGGCCUGUUAAACUCAGGCCUGUUCCUAAUCUUUGGUGAUUGGCCCAGAUGCAACUCCUUAGGGGUGAGAUUACUUUCUGCACUAUCUUUAUUGUCUUAUGUUCUAUACCACCACACGUUAAUUGGGCAGUUUUCUUUAUCUCUUCCAAACUCCAAUCCUCCCUCCAGGGAGAUAUCUGCUGUUGAUGGGCUAUUGAGUGUCCCUGCAUGACUGAUAAAAUUACAGCAUCCCAUUGGGAGAUGCUCUGCCCAGAGGGAGGAGCCAAGCAUUCCUAACUGGAUAUAAUCUGAGAUUUUAGGACACCAGAAUAGCCUUUCCACUGUAUUCCCAGAAGAGCAGCUGCCUUUUCCACUGGAUCUUCAGAGGAAGACUACACCCUUCUCCAGGAUCCCUGCUCCAGCAGAACCACACCUGCUGCUCCAGGAGGACAGCAGCCACAAUUCCAGUGGGACUGCU